CAUCACCUUCACACAACGUCACUCGUGUUGGAGAUCGCCAUGAACCAUCCGCGGAAACGUCUGGUGGAUACCUUGAGUACCGGAGUUCCGCGUUGAUCGGCUUCAGAAUUUCGCUUCCGGGCCCACAUGUGAGAGAUCUGCGCUUCGGCUUUCAAGAGCUCUUUAGCCCCGGACGAGAGACGUUGGAAAAAGCUACUGCUGUUACAUAACCAAGUACUUGCGUGCCUAACUGCACUUGGUACACUAGGUAUUAUACGUAUGUACCAGCCUCCAACACUAAUCGUAUGUACCGGCGGAGGAAUUGCUCAACACGGCCUGCGGCCUGCGGGGAGUACAUACAUGCCUCUCCAUCUAACGGCUAACUUGCACCAUCUCCUCCACCUCGGGUUCAGCAUGGAUGGAUGGGGCCGGGCCAAUCGGUCCCCUCAACUCGAUGGUUGUACGUAUGAAACCCUGUCGUCAAGCUGGCAACAGCUCUGUGUUCCGUCCGUUCUCGAAACCGCCGCGCGAAUCACAUUCCACGCCGUUCAACUCAUUCAGCCGGAGGAGCCCGGCGGAGCCCGUCAGGCUCCAUACCCUACCUACACAUCGGACAUAUACCCCCAGCUGGUAGAGUUCAUAACCAGCGCAUCUCCGCUGCCGUUUCCAUUUUCAUCCCCCGCCUGCACUGCACCGCACUGCAUCCACUGCAUCACUGCCAGUCCCCGCCCCAAAUGGCAUCAAAAAAUAUCCCCCCUCCCGGUCCCCUCAGCGCCAGCAACGACCCUCCACCCCUCCCCCUGUAGCACGACCCUGCCGCCUCCAGCAUCAAUCAUAACAGCCCUAACCACGGUCUUGUUCCCCGUGUCUGCCCUCCCCCCCUCCACCUCCGCCACCCCACCACUACUCCGUCUAACCGGCGUCUUCGGCCCUUGCCCUUGCUCUCCUCCCCCUCCCCCCCCCUCCUCCUCUCAGGUCGCCUCCAAGGUCGCCGCCCGAAUCCCCCCCACCGGGCUCUUCGGGAACCCGCGCCAGCCGCAGCCGCUCAAUACGUGCGGCGCGCUGGAUCACUUGUGCGGGCGAGAGGCUGCGGGGUCCUGGGCGGGGUCUUGGGCGCGGGCGCGGGUGGGAGUGUGCGUGUGCGUGUGCGUGUGUGUGUGAGUGGGAGGGCAGGCGCUGGUGCUGGUGCUGGUGCUGGUGCUGGAGUAGUACCAUGUUUACUUGCUGUGGCUACCUGUGUCUGUGUCUGUAACUGUACUGUAACU